UAAUUAAUCCACCUAACAAACUGUAGAAAAACCUUAUCCUCUCCAACGCCACAAACCCAAAGCUCUCUCACAAAAACACUGCCUUUCAUUCUCUCUCUCUCAAAACAACACUAUGGCAACCCUUCACUUCACUCCAUCUCCUUCGUUCACUUUCCCAAGACAAAAGCACCUCACUAAGCUCUAUGCUCCUUUUCAGCUCAGUCGCCGGCCACGCUCCGGCUCAUGGAAAUCUUUUACUGUCCGAUCCUACAAAGUGGUGAUUGAGCACCAGGGUCAAUCCACAGAGCUUGAGGUUGACUCUGAUGAGACCAUAUUAGGCAAGGCAUUGGACUCUGGCUUGUCUGUGCCGCAUGAUUGUAAGCUUGGUGUGUGCAUGACUUGCCCAGCUCGGCUCAUAAGUGGUUCGGUUGAUCAAAGUGAUGGUAUGCUCAGUGAUGAUGUUGUGGAGCGCGGGUAUGCUCUUUUAUGUGCAGCCUAUCCACGGUCGGAUUGUCGCAUUAAGACUAUCCCUGAAGAUGAGCUGCUCUCCCUGCAAUUAGCUACGGCUAAUGACUAAAUUUUGGAUUUUGCCAAAUGGGUGGUGGUCUUUUUGAUCGUUGUAUCGGAUUCUAAUUUGUUGAGUAGAAUGAAACUUUGCUUUACUAGUUGUUACUUGUACUGUCUGUUAACAUAUACAGUCAAAAAUUUGUCUAAUUACUUUUGUGUUUUACUA